AUGUUCUCACCUCGCACGCACGCACACACACACACACACAAUUGCAAAAUACCAUCGUCAUCACGCUCGUCUCUCAUCGCUGCGCACGGCUCUCUUCCACGUUCUCUACCUCGCACAAGUGCUGCGAAGCGCAUCAUCGCCUCCGCCCCUGUCCGCCGCAACGGGAUGAUCAACAUGCAGAAGAAUGUGGACGCCUUCUACGCCGAGAACAUGCCAUCCGAGGCCCAGGCACAGCUGUCGGCCCACAAGGACACCCUCCUCGCAUUCCUUGAAGGUGUGGCUCGGUCUUACCCUGACUGCCCGGGUAUCACCUUCAUCACGAGCGGCGGCACGACCGUGCCUCUCGAGGUGAACGCCGUCCGCUUCAUCACGAACUUCAGCAGUGGCGGCCGCGGCGCACACCUCGUUGAAGCGUUGGCAGAGCGUGGGUGGGCCUGCCUGUUGCUGCACCACCGCACCGCCAUUAUGCCCUUUCGACGCGUACUCGGUACGCUUAGCACUGAGCAGCUCUUUGCGGCCGUGGCAUCCCCGUCUGCGCCCAGCGCUCCCGGCACGGGCUCGGCAUCGACAGCAGGCGCCGAGUCCACGCCGGCAGCAGCGUCCAAGGCUGAGUUGCAGCGCGUCGCCGAGCUCUACUACCGCACGAAGGGCCUUGUUCACUAUGUCGCCUACGACACUGUCGUCGAGUAUAUCUUUCUCCUUGAGGUCAUCUCACGCACGCUAUGUGGCACCGCUGUGCCACAGGUGCUGCAGCAGCGCCCGUGCUUGUUCUUCGCGGCGGCCGCCGUGUCGGACUACUACGUGCCACUUCCCAAUAUGUCAAGGGAGAAGAUCAGUGGAGGGGAUGGGCUGACGCUGCAUCUGUCCAACGUGCCAAAGGCUCUACUGCUGCUGCGGGAAGAAUGGCUGCACCGCGCAGCACCAGACGCGACGCAGCCGCUCGUCGUCACAUUCAAGCUCGAAACGUGUGAGGAGACUAUGAAGCGCAAGGCGAUCAGCAACCUGCACGCGUACCGCUGCGACGCCGUCGUGGCGAACGUGCUGCAGAGCUACAAAGAGUGGGUGCUGGUCUACACGAAGAACGGCGACGACAGCGCGCCGGUGCUGGUGCGGCGGGGGGAGGGAAAGACGAUCGAGGCCGCCCUCUGCGAUCUACUUAUUUCCCUCUUGCGGCCGUGA